AUGAGCUCGCCAAAAAGUGAUGAAGACUCCAUUUAUUCUGAGACAAGGGAUAAUGAAGAAGAGUGGGGAGAAACGUCUUUCCACGAGUUAUUCGCAGAAAAGCAAGGCCAGACGUAUAUAAAAAAUGGCGAGGGCUGGGUGUUAUUUGGAGAUUUCACUCUUAAAUUUUUGGGGGAAAUGAGUUGUGGCAGCUGGGUGUGCUCAUGUACGGCCCGGGUUCUUGGUCAGUACGAGCAAAGGAGAAUUGUGAUACCAGCCAGUGCGUUUGAUUCAAAACCGAAAUUUCUCGAGAAAACAAGAAACGCAUUCGGUGGCGGCCUGUUCAACAUAAGUGAUGCUAACGUGAGGGAUAUUGAGGCAUAUUACAAUUACCUCAAAGAGGAAUACUACGCAGGGAGUCCCAAAGCGUAUUACGGGGUCGAGCUAAUUGGACGGCAAAAAGAGACAGGCUACUGGUGUCUUUCAAGGGAGAUACAAAUAAACAAUGAUGGCCAGUUUCUUAAGGAAGAAGACAAGAAACACUAUUUUAGCCAAACGGAUCUGACGGAUUUUGAGCUUUUCCUUGAGGAGCGAUUAUUAAGCGACAGCUCAAAUUUGUUGCUAAUAUGCCAAAGAUUUAUCGAGGAAUCAUUGGCGUUCAAGGAAAAUACAAUGGCCUUCAAGUUAGCGACAGCAUUUCUUCUGCUUCGUCUCUUAAGAACAGGCGAUAAUAACCAUUGGGACGAGAGUUCAAUCUUGCUGCUACAUUCCACCAUUGCAGAGCGAAAUGUCGGGAAAUCCUUUACCCUAGAUAUCCUUUCCAAGGCACAGGGUGUUAAUCGUAGACAGCAUUCUUUACUGCUGGCUGGUGGAGAUCAAAAUAAAACAGGAACAUCUGUGGCAAUGAUUCGAAAAAUUUUGACACAAACUAAUGUAGUGGUCAUGAUAGACGAUCCAAUAAUAACGCCAGGUAUGGAAGAGUUUCUCCUGCAAACAGGUAGUGGGCUCUUUGCAGGGUCGAUAGCAGGUGGAUUAGCAGCACCUCAAGGAAGUUUGCUUUUGACCUCUAACAACGAUGUUUUCAAUAGAGCCGAUGGGAGGAUCAUUGUGCUAAAAUACCGAAAAACGCCAUUUUCGGUAGAAGACAGGCAAAAGCUUAAAGCCGGCAUUGGAUCAAUAGCUGAAAUUCACACGGGGUUUCUACUAGCAUGGGUGAUCAGAAUGUUUCCUUUUUGGCAACAGCAAUUCCCGACAAUUUCCACCCUGGUGGAAAAAAUUUUGUCACGAUUAGUUCCGCCCAAAAUUCAAGACAGAUGGCAACAAGGGGCUUCAGCUAUUAUAGCAACAUAUGCGAUAUUUGAAACAUCUGUAGGCAUAAAACCACGAUGCAAGGAUGCAAUUAUGAAACUGAUUCAAGAUAUGGCUGUGGAAAAGGGCAAUGAUGGCCCAGAUUUAUUGGAAAAAUUAAAUACAUGCCUGAUGGAAAGACUGACGAGGGAUGACGAAAAUGUUAUGAAAUGGCUUAACCCAUUAACGACUGUUCCCGUUAACCAACAAUAUGGCCCAGCAAUAGGAAUAAAAUCGUCUGUUCUGGACACGUUUAUCAAUCUAAAAAGCAAGGAUGUUUCAGCAUUUCUGAAGAGUAUGUCAGAUAAAACAUCAAGCACAUCAAUGAUGUUUGCUGUUCAGGAUGACUGUACUAUAACAGACAUAAAAAAACGAAACGAGGAGAAAUGCAAGAUGGCCAAAGGUUGGAAAAUUCCAAUUGCAGUGAUAAAACCAGAAGCACUGCACAUAAUUAAUGGUAAAUAUGUCAUAUAUGCUAUAAUGCUCUUUAGUGCACAAAUAGUGAAUAAUAGAGUGUUUGGGAUGUCAUUUCAAGGGAAACUUACAAAAUCUUAA